AUCCUGUGGCAGCAGGUUGUCACGUGUCGGUUCCGUGUCUCGAGCCUCUGUCUGAAGCGCUCUCUCUGGGGGCGCUCCUUUGCGCGAGAUACCCCCUCCUAUUACCGCCCCAUCGCGCGUCAAGCAGUCUAUUUCAACACAAGCCGCAGCCGAUACGUCUUGUUCCUCCUUGCUUGAUCAAGAUCCUUAAAUGACCCACCACCAAUAAAGGGCUUGCGCUGUCCUGCCCGGAUCAUGGCAUGCGCCUCAUUUCAUACUUCUAUACGCGCGGCGCUGAUGCUCGAGAGCAGUGAACAUGGGGAUCAGAUCCAGAAAUGCCGCUAACGGCGCUGAGGACUUGCGCGAAAGGAAAAGCGCACUGGCCGGGGAGCUGGAGACGUGCGCCGGGCACGAACGGGAUGGCGCGCUGCUGCUCGUGGGUUCGGGAAAACAAUCGGACUUUAAACGGGGCUCGCAAAACAUCGGACUGCUGGCUAAGACGCCUCUGGGCUACACGCGCCCCGUGAAGAGGAAUAAUAUCCGGAAGCGGCGGAUCCAGAAUCUUAUUUACGAUGCGCUCGAGAGACCGCGAGGAUGGGCGCUGCUCUAUCAUGGAUUUGUGUUUCUGAUUGUUCUGGGGUGUCUGAUUUUGGCAAUUCUGACAACAUUUAAAGAAUAUGAGAAUGACUCAGGUCGCUGGUUGGUGGUUCUGGAGACGUUCACCAUCUUUAUUUUCGGGGCUGAGUUUGUGUUGAGGAUCUGGGCAGCGGGAUGCUGUUGUAGAUACAAGGGCUGGAGAGGGCGGCUUAAAUUCGCCCGCAAGCCACUCUGUAUCCUGGAUAUCUUUGUCCUAAUAGCAUCUGUGCCGGUGGUGGCUUUGGGGAGUGAAGGCAAUGUGUUGGCGACAUCCCUGCGGAGCCUGCGCUUCCUGCAGAUUCUGCGUAUGCUGCGUAUGGACCGGCGGGGUGGCACCUGGAAACUACUGGGGUCCGCCAUAUACGCUCACAGCAAGGAGCUGAUCACUGCCUGGUACAUUGGUUUCCUGUCUCUGAUCCUGGCCUCCUUCCUCGUAUACCUGGUAGAGAAGGAUGUUGAGUUGACAGACAGGGAUCGACCCACUCCCACUUCAGAGCAGGACUUUGACACCUAUGCAGAUGCACUGUGGUGGGGAUUGAUCACGUUGACGACCAUUGGCUAUGGCGAUAAGACGCCAAAGACAUGGGCAGGCCGUCUGCUUGCCGGGACCUUUGCUUUGAUUGGCGUUUCAUUCUUUGCUCUCCCAGCUGGUAUCCUGGGGUCUGGUUUGGCUUUAAAAGUUCAGGAGCAGCACAGGCAGAAACACUUUGAGAAACGGAGACACCCUGCAGCUGGACUUAUUCAAUCAGCAUGGCGUUACUAUGCCACCAAUCCAGUCAGAGAAGAUCUUAUUGCGACAUGGAGAUUCUAUGAAACUGUAAUCUCUUUGCCAUGUUUCAGGAAAGACCAUCUAGAAGGAAUUGCUAGCCAGAAACUGACUCUCCUGGAACGCGUGCGCCUGCCCACUCCGCGCCCGUGCUCGGUGAGGGGCCGCUUCAUGAUGCCUGCGGGGAACUCUGCCACUGGAACAGGGACUUGUGGGCCAGCAGAGGCCAUCGAGGAGAGCCCAUCUAAAGAGGCAAAACCAGCCGGCUUCACCAACAGGGAGAGGUUUAGGACUGCAUUCAGAAUGAAGGCAUAUGCCCUGAGACAGAGUUCAGAGGAUGCAGGUGGCCUGACGGACCCCACCCCUGAGGAGAAAGGGUUCCCACCAGACAUCCUGAUGGAGGAUAUGAUUCCUACUCUCAAACUCGUCAUCAGAGCAGUGCGGAUUAUGAUGUUCCUGCUGAAUAAAAAGCAUUUUAAGGAGACACUAAGGCCAUAUGACGUAAAAGAUGUGAUAGAGCAGUACUCUGCAGGACACCUGGACAUGCUCUGCAGAAUCAAAUAUCUCCAGUCACGGCUAGAUCUAAUUCUUGCUCCUGGUCCACCACUCACUCCAAAACACAAGAAGGUGCAGAAAACACCUUUCUCCUAUCCAACUCAACAGUCUCCCAAGCAUGACGCUUAUCUGGCUAAACCAGGCAUGUCAGAUGCUGAGGACCAAAGCAUGAUGAGUAGGUUUGUGCGUGUGGAGAGACAGGUGAAAGAUAUGGAGAAGAAGCUUAACUUCCUUGUGGAUAUGCACAUGCAGCAUGACCUAACAGGCCCUGCCCAUGCUACCAUGGAGUGUGGUGACUCCACUGUUACAGUCAGUGUCACAGGAGACAGAGUGUACUGUAGCUAUGCUCCACCCCUCCACUACACACACUACUAUACACCCUCACAUACACUUUCAAACACACACUCUCAUUCGAAUCCAGCCAGGCCCACUGUCCUACCCAUCAGUCCACUGCCAAGCCACUCCCCUCCUUCUCACCUGAACCUAUCAGAGCAGCUGUGUGCAGGUCAGAGGGUGGGCACUCCGCUGUCACUGUUGUCCGUUACACAUGAGGAGCUGGAGCGCUCACCCAGCGGGUUCAGCAUCUCCACGGAGAGAGAGGAGGUCAUGGAUAGAGGGUCAGGGGUCACGGCAGGUUCUAGCUGGGGUCGUGAGCGCCAGUAUUUGGCUGAAGGAGAGACAGACACAGACACGGACCCUUUCACACCAAGUGGACCGGUGCCACUGUCCUCCACAGGAGACGGAUUUCCAAUAGAGGAAGCGUGGACCACCCCACCCUGAAAACACAUAUACACUAAAUUUACCGCCACACACAAAAACACCGCCACACACUGGUUCUAGAGUCCGCAGAUUCUGCACAGCACGUAGACACAAGCACACACAAACACAUGUCCUUCAUAACAAAAUAUAAAUAUAUCAGCACUGCGCUUUACCGCUGCAAAGCAAAGAGCACUGCAUGGAAUGCAUGCAUUUUAUCUUUUGGUCUUUAGUGGUAGACACUGCACAGGGGCAUACCGAGGGAGUCUAUUGAAUGGAAAGUUCUGAGAAAAAAAAAAUGCUAUGCCAUUUUGUACACUUAUUUUUAUAUUUAAAACCAUCUAGCUUUUUUCAUAUGCAUGGGCUGCAUGACACUCAUCUAUAGAGCAGCUAAAAGUAAUGACAUCUCUUCUUUGCACUUAUUGUGUGUUCUGGAUCAUUUUUGGUUUUGGCAAUGGGUUUUUGUGGUAACUGAACUGACUGUCUCUCUUGAUCACUUACAGUUUUAUUUCAGCAUUUAUUUUGAUCCACAACAGUUUAAUUAAGCACUUUUUAUUUCUGCUUCUCCAGCUUUGAGAGUUUCUGACUGAUACAGAGAGCAUGUCCCAAAUCACUUCUUGAUUAUUACCAAGUGCACUUCCUUGGACAUCACAGAAUACACUUAUAUACUGGGGUGUGGUCAGAGGUUCCAUGUAGACAGGCCACAGGACCAAACUAAGCUGCAGAUGCUGCUCUGUCCAAUCAGAAACUGUUCUAUGACCUUACCAGAUGGCUUCAGCCAAGCCUAUCACAAUUGGAGAUCUGUCCUGAAUCUCUAAUGUGAUUGGAUUUUACAGUAUAUAACUUGCCAGCCUAAAGAAUAUUGGUUCUGUAAUAGUACCAUGAAGGUCUCCAUGAUUAUAGCCUCACAGUUUAUUUAAAUACAAACUAUACUUUGUGUGAGAUUAUACUUUAGGUUUUUGACACUAGUUAGUACAAACUAUUUUUUGUACUUAACAUUUUUACAAUAGAAUACCAGUCUAUAAUUAAACUAAUUACCACAGAAAACUGUAGAUUAGUAAGAGCAAAGAAUUUGUAGCGGUCUUCCAAAAAACGACCUUAUGUCAGCUCAUGUUAUACGAUUCACAAACUUUGACGUUACACGAUUCACAAAUUAUACACAAAUACAGCACAUUAUCAGUAAUAAUAGCUACUUAUUGAUUUGAUACUGAUAUUAAUAGGACUUUGCAGAAUGCCACUGUGAUUGAUCAUGUACCUUUGAAGUCUCCCUUUAAAUGUUUUUGACAAUCACAUGGUUUGUUAUUAAAAUAAAUGAUAAAAUUCAACCAACUAGAUAUCAGGUGAUGCCAAAAAGCAAGAAAUGGGUGCAACUCUUGCUGCAUAUCUAUAAUAAUUAUAUAUACAUGAGUCAUAAAAACAUAUUGUCAUUUGAUUUAAUUGUGAAGAUUGUACAUGAUGAAGGGCUCGGUAUUUGGCUAAUGAGAUGACUCAUCUGUGUUGUGGACUUCCAGGACUUAACAGUCCCCUUGUUCCCCCUGUUGCUCUUGAUAAACUCAAAAAUAAUAAGUAAGAAAAAAAUUAAAUGAAUAUAUUGAUCUCAACAAAGAAUAUUAUGGAUGUUAGUGCUUUUACUCUUAGAGUUUCUCUUUAGAGGUCCUUAUCUUCCAAAUACCAAUCUAUACACAAAAUAAAAUGUAAAUCACACAAUGCUUGUCAGAAUUCAUGUGACUUCCCUCUUUAAUUCAUCUUUACCAGUCUGACAUUUCAACUGAAUGAGAAAAAUAAGAAGUCAUAAUGAUGUAGUAUAUUCAUACCCUGUUAGACCACGUGUAGUUUUACAAAUAAUGACUUCCAACUUAUCUUCCCCAUACCCCUCUCUUGCUCUCUUUUUCUUUUUCUUUCUUAAAGAGCACUUUUUUGGCAUAAGGACAAGGUUCUUGUGUUGAGAAUGUUAUAGUAUAUAAUGAGUGUGUGUGUGUGUGUGUGUGUGUCAUGGGUGAUGUUAAAGUACGUACAUUGACCAUAUUCAUGUACUGUAAACUCACAGACAACCUGUCAUCACUGACUAAUGACUGCUAUUCAUUAUUUGUGCCUUGCCAUUUUGGAGUACAGCUUCCUCUUGGUCACUUUUGGUUUCUGAUAAAACUAGCCAUUCAUCCAUUUAAAUUGAUCAAUUAUUUGCUUUACUAGCACCCAGUAAAUUACAAUUUAGUUCUUUGUUUUGAUUCAAGAUUAGACGAUUUCACACUAGUGGCCUUUUGAGC